CCAUGCUAUGCUUUAAUCAAUUCAGCCAAUGUUAGGAAACAUCUUGGGAAUAUUGCUUUGGCCGCUUUUGGCCAGAAAACGUCGUUUCGAAUAUGCCAAAUCUUUAACCGAUGUUUCUUUUAUCGUUUGAUUGAUAAUCGUUGUUUAUAUUCAACAGUUGGUGAUCUCUCUUCACAAUUAUCAAUUACCUACACUUGUAAAGUUUGCAAUACUCGACAAGGUCCAAAGAUUUUUUCGAAAAAUUCGUAUGAGAAAGGUGUCGUUAUUAUUACAUGCGAUAAUUGCAAGAACCAUCAUAUAAUUGCCGAUAAUCUUGGCUGGUUUUCUGAUUUAAAAGGCAAGAAAAAUAUCGAGGAGAUUUUACGGGAGAAAGGUGAAUCGGUUAAACGUUCCACUGCUGGUAUUUUAUCUACAGCGGAUAAUAGAGAUAUGGUUGCUACAAUGGGUGAAACAACUGCAUUUCGAUUUAUUCUCGAGAAUAUUCGCCAAAGAAUGAUGAAUGAUGCCAUUGGAAGAAAGCUUUUGCAGACGCGACCUCGAAUCACUAACGAAACAAUUGAUCGAGAUUAUCUACGUUCAUUGAAACUUGGUACUUUUGGCAAUGAGUAUGAGAAAUUCCUUGCUGAUCUUAAUACAGAACCAGAUGCUCGUCCUUCCGUAAAAUUUAUCGAUGAUGUUGAUGAUUUGGUCUAUAUCAUGCAACGGUACCGUGAAACUCAUGAUUUCAUUCAUAUUUUAUUACAAAUGAAAACAAAUAUGCUAGGCGAGGUGAAUUUUUUUAUUCAAAUUUUAAUCAUUUUUAAUCAAGUUGUCUUUUUUCGAUCAAGUUUUUUAAUUUUUUUUUAA